CCAGCUCCCACGAGAUUUGGGCGCGAAAAUUACUUCUAUUGCGCAGCUAGCUGCCCGCGCGAGAGAGAUGGCGGAAACCCCCGUUGUAAGAAUGGUUUCCGUGGCGGAUGUGGUCAGCGCUAAUGCUGACUUUGCGGCUUCUGCACUAUACUCGCGUUGGAAGUAAACAACGAUUUCUUGUUGGAGAUCAGGCAGAAAGGGAAAGAGCCAAUUGCAGCACUGAAUGACAAGCAAAAAGUAAUUCAGCUAGAGUCCAGCAGUGAACGUCUCCGGGCUGCUCUUGACCGGAUCCUUGGGACUCUGCACAACAAGUUCUCGAAGUCGAAGGGAGGGUCUGCAAGGAAGAAGAUCAGAGAGGGGAAGACGAGGAUCACCCUACAGGAAGGUGAUGUUGUGGAUAUUGCAGCAGUGCAGCAAAAAUUAGUACAGACGGCACUGGAGGAGGAGGCCUUAGAUUUCCUACUGGAGAAUGAAGAGAAAGAGAAAAACCAUCUACAGCAGGCUCUCCAGGUCACAAAGAACAGAGGAAGAGCUUAUCAUGAGGUUGCCGAGAGACAAAAACGGAGGAAGGUGCGUGACAUCAAGACAUUGAUGUCGUCCACGGUUGAGACAUGUGUGACGUCUCAUGGGCUGACACCAAUGACGCUGACAGCAAAAACCAGUGAUGGAAAGCUGCUCAGUAUCCCCUUCUCAGAGAGCUCGGCCACCAUCACAGAACUGACUCAACCUGCACCAACAGGCAGCAGAGCCAAGGCACUGUUCCUCCUGGAUCGCUUUGCGGUGUCGGAUGAGUUCUAUCACGAACUAGCUCAGAUAUUUCCGGAAAUGCCACGUCUCUACCAAAUCAAGGGUCUGCGAAAGGAUAUGAACAGCGAGAUAGAAAUUUUCAGUCUCCCACAGUCUUAUGUAGGGAGGUACAUGAAAGUGAAGAACAUAGUGGAAAAGACCCUUGGAGAGACGCUGGAAAAACUUGGAGUACAGGCAUCACCACCUACUGUCACUAUCAAGUUUUCUGGAGAUGAAAACCACACCUUUGCCUCGGUGAAAGGACCAGAGGAGUACGAGUUUCUCAAGGCGUGCUUCGAGCCAGUGUGGAGAGAGCUGCAAGAGCUAAUAGAAUAUCCAUUCCUCUGCAUCAAUGGCACUCAGAUCCAGUUGGAUAUUGUAUUUGGUUCAGACUACAAGAACUACACUUUCUCCCGUCCCGACAAACACCUUGGCAGUAGACACCCACCUCUCCUUCAACUAGAGCCAUCACAUUACGUCCUUGACGAGCUCCACCUCCUGCUGCGGGUCUCAGAUGUUCUAGUGAGGAACGUCAUUCAUCUGGCAGACCACUUGGACCAGCAGAGUGGACUCCGUGCAGGCAGGGCCAGACACUACAUACCUUGCCUAGAGAAACUUGUCCAGUCCUGUGGAGUACCAUUCAAGAUCUCCCCU